CUCAUUCAAGUUUUGUGUGUCGAACGGAACGCAUCAGUUCAUCAGUGACCAGACGCCGUUUUUGUAUCGUGUGGGAUUAAAAAAAAACAUCGCAUUGUUUCAGUACGCAAAGGGAAUCAGUACAACACAUUGAGGGGAAAAACUGACCAGCAUAAUACCUUCCUCCCCGUCGCUUCAAGCGAAGACCAUUAGCUGGGAAUUCUCCGCAAGCCCCGGCAACAUGGACGGAUUUUACGACCAGCAAGUUCCCUUCAUAGUUCCCCCAAGUCAGCAGAAAUCUCACGUUGAAGCACCUUGUGACAGAUCUUUCAGUGACAGGAAAAGAAAGUUUGUGGACACUGAACUCGCCCAAGACACGGAAGAACUCUUCCAGGAUCUAAUUCAGCUGCAGGAGAUAUGGAUCGCAGAAGCUCAGGUUCCUGAUGACGAGCAGUUUGUCCCAGAUUUCCAGUCAGAUAACCUGGUUUUCCACGGACCCCCCACCAAGAUUAAGCGGGAGCUGAGCCCCUCCAAACAGCUCUCCCCCUGCAGCCAGGCCCCGGGCCUGCCGUCCUACAGGGAGAAGUGCCUUUACAGCUACAGUGCCUACGACAGGAAGCCUGCCGUCGGGUUCAAACCUUUGACUCCGCCUUCAACCCCCGUCUCGCCAUGUGGCCCCGCCCACGCCCCGGGGGCCCACCCGCUCCACGAACAAACCGGCCCCGCCCACGCGCCAGGGCCACACCCCCUGCACCGGCAGACGGCCAUUCCCAGUGGUGCGCACAGUCACAGGCCACUCCCCCUGCACAGCCAGACCCCGCCCUUCGCCGUGCCCUGCCCGCCAGCCAAUCACGCCAACCCCGCCUACGGAGCCGAGCACAGGUUUCACAGGCAGCUCUCCGAGCCCUGCUUACCGUACCCCCCCUCCGAGGCCGCGGGGCGCCCCCCCUACCACGCCCACGUGCACCGGACCGCGUCCUGUGACGGCCGGCCCCCGUACCAGCGCCAGAUGUCCGAGCCCCUCGUCCCCGUGCCUCCCCAGGGCUUCAAGCAGGAGAUGAUGGACCCCCGCUACGCCGAACAGGGGGCCCCGGCCCUGCCCCCCUCCCAGCCCCAAAAUCCCCUGCAGCCCCCCAACCCCCACGGCAACUUCAACUCCCUGGCCAUCAAGCAGGAGCCCCGCGACUUCUGCUUCGACUCCGAAGUGCCUAACUGCCAGUCUUCGUUCGGGAGAGCGGCGAGCUUCUACCAAAAUGGCCGCGAAGGCUUUCCCUUCGACAGAGAGCCUCACCUGUACUACGACGACACCUGCGUGGUGCCAGACCGACUGGAAGAGAAGGUGAAGCAGGAGCCGUCGGGGUACCGUGAGGGGCCCCCAUACCAGCGGCGCGGCUCCCUGCAGCUCUGGCAGUUCCUCGUCACGCUGCUGGACGACCCCGCCAACGGACACUUCAUCGCCUGGACCGGCCGCGGCAUGGAGUUCAAGCUCAUCGAGCCUGAGGAGGUGGCGCGUCGCUGGGGCAUCCAGAAGAACCGGCCGGCCAUGAACUACGACAAGCUGAGCCGCUCCCUGCGAUACUACUACGAGAAGGGCAUCAUGCAGAAGGUAAAGGUGGCCGGGGAGAGGUACGUGUACAAGUUUGUGUGCGACCCGGAGGCGCUGUUCUCCAUGGCCUUCCCCGACAACCAGAGGCCCAGCCUGAAGGCCGACCCCGACAGCCUGCCCGGGGCCGAGGACGACACGCUGCCCCUCACCCACUACGACGACAGCGCCCCCUACCUGGUGGAGGGGGGAGAGCAGUGCAUGGCGCCCAUGUCCUUCCCUGACGGAUACGUGUACUGAUCGCCAUCCUCGAUGCCCGCCUCCCUUCCCCCCCCCCUUCUCCCCCCCCCCCCCACCCCUCCCCAAAGCUGGGUCCGGGACUGCCGGGCAAGCGUGGGAGAUCUCUGAACCACACCCCCUCACUUCCUGAGGCUUGUGGCCCACUUCCUGUUUUCACAUCAGCUCUCAGAAAGAGGAAUCGGCUCAGUCUCGGUUCACUGGCCCGGCCGGGCCUGGCCGGGCAUAACGGGACGAUUGGACUCCAAAGGCUCCACCCAUUUUUAUCAGGAGGGGUAAAAAAGGCGGGCGGAGUGGGUGCCUUUGUUGCUAUGGAGACUGGGGAGGGCGAGGGGCAGGGGCCAUGGAGAGCAGGAAGGCUGGCGGAGGUUUUCUGCGCAGACCGCAAGACUUGUAGCAAUUCUGUAUCGACAAUCUGCUUUUCUAAAACGAGUAAAGUAUAUAAGGAUUAUAAUCUAAAAAAAAAAAAAAAAAUCGAAACGCAGCACUAUUCUAUAGUUGCCUUUUUUGGUCCCCUGCUAUUUUUUUUUGUUUGUUUUUUCUCUAAAAUCUUUACAAAAUAACAUUUUUUUAAAAAGCAGCAGAAUAUAUGACACAGAUGUUGUAAAUGAAAAGGGCUUCUUUUUGCUAAAUAAAAAUAUUAAAUGUAAUGAUUUUAUGGUCUGAUUCGGGUGAGGAACGGGUGUGGCUGACACUGGCGGUCGCGGUGGCCGCGUGCGUGUGAUGGUUUUGGUUUUAGGCCUGCUCCCCUCUGCCGCUCGGCUGAGACGCUAAGACUUCCUGUGUGCUUUUAGCGGAGGACUGUGCGAUCGAGCGUGGUUUAUGAUGCGUUUCCUGUCGCGCUGGACUGAGAAGCCACGCCCCCCCCGACUUGUCGGCGAUGGUCCGGCGACCGAUGGCGUCCUUCGGAGAGCGCCUCGCAGCGAGAGACAGGGCGCUACCUGUGUUACCUGUGUUACCUGGCGCCCGGCGCCUGACGGACCUCUCCGCACGGAAAGGCACUCCGCUCACACCAUCACGACUCCUUUCUCAGAGAGACCAUCGCUCUGUUGCUUCUCUGCUCCAAGGACUGGAUUCUUUUCUAUCUUUGUGACACAAAAAAAUUUAAAAAAAGGGAUGCAUAUACGACAGUAUUUUUUUUUUUUUUUUUUUUUCUGGAAGCUUUGAAUUUAUAAAUAUGUAAACGUAUAUAUAUAUAUUAAAAUGAUGGUCAUGUUUUGUAGGCUUUUUUUUGUAUUUAGAGCUCAAUGUUAUGGUCUUCACUGCACUGCACUCCUGUGAGGUUUUGUAAAAACGCACCGUGCUGGUCGUACAGCCAACUCGCAUGCAAACGAGCGAAAUCCUCCCCUCCCAUUGGACGCUUUUCACUCCGCGACGCUGAUGAGUCCACCGCUUCUCCCUGCAUGGCGUACACGGACACACACUUCACCGACAUAUCGCUUUAUUAUCUUGGACGACUUCUCUGCAUCUAUAUUGUUUUCAUUGAGGUUUUUUUUUCUUUUCUUUUUUUUUUUUCAAGAGAGGGGGAAAAAAAAAAAAAUCUACGGUAUAUAUAUAUUUUUGCAAAGUCUGCAUUUUAGUUUGAUUUAUUGUAUAAGCUGUAUUGUUCCGCCUUGCACAACAGUGUAUCUUCAUCUCGGGCCCCGGUGGAUUAUGGGAAGUGGAGUUGUUGGUGUUUGGAGGCGGGGCCUCAGUCAGAGAGGCAUGUGUUGUAUGCCUGUAUUGGAAAGGGGGCGUGUCCCCCCACACCACCACUGUGUUAAGGUCAUCUGCACUUGUAUAGGCCUGCCCCCCCCCCCCCUUCACAAUGUGUACCUUACACUGCUGAGUUUAUAAUCUGUACUGAGUACAAUAAAAACUGUCCUUUCUGCUCCAUA